CACUCCUGACUUCAAAAAUUGCUUUGCCGGUGGUUGUCGAUGUCGAGACGUCGCUUCCGUUUAAUUAUCCUUCGCUUCAAUGAGUCGAUUGAUCAACACGUGCGUCGAUUGAACGGGGGGUGGUGGUGGGGGUGAUUAUUGGUGGACUAUCACGCGCCGAUUUGCGUUGGUAAUUAACGUAGGAACUAAAAGCGAGGUUGAAUGGGGUGAGUUCGCGCACUGUGUCUCUGGACUCGUACCGUAACGAGAGGCCUGUGUUUUAUCGCGUUUAAAGUUGCGUCGAUUGUCGAGUUUAAAGUAUCUCAAGUUGGGUUUUUAAAUCCUUUAUUUUCGUAUUAAUUUGGCGUUCGCGGGGGCGCUCUACGCGAUGGCUUUCGUGGCGAAAAAGCCCGGGCAGAAGGAGAGGUUUUCCCUUUUGAUGCUUGACUUGGGCGAGUUUUACUUUGAACAUCAUUCUGCUUUCUACACCAGUAAGGAGGAUGGCAGAAAAGUGAAAGGUUCAUUUAAGAUUUGCUCCAAGUCCUUGGUGUUUGAGCCAGAGAGCAUUAAAGAGCCCAUAGUUAAGUUUUCCAUAAAGGACUGCACCAAGAUUGAAGAAAUUGGCUUUGUAAAUACCUUGAACCCAUUUGAUGAACCGAAAGGAUCUGGCUGUGGAUUGGUUUGUAAGCAGGUCUUGGAAAUCAAGAAAGGAAAUGAAAUUGCACCAUACAUAUCAAGCCGUGGAAGCCAAGAGUAUGAGUUUUAUUUUGAACAUGGAGACCCCGAGGAUAUAUUGCACACCAUCCAUCAGCUGCACAGAGCAUCACAGUUGGAAAAGCUUGGAGAUCAAGCCGCAAUGAUCACGGCUAUAUUGCAAUCAAGACUUGCCAGGGCUUCGUUCAACAAAACGAGGCUUGACUUUGCGGACGAGACGGCGUGCGUGGAGAGGGCGGCUGAGAUGGUGACGGCGCUGGUCACAAACCCCGGGCACGUGUGUGUGACGGAGUACCACCUCUUCUUUCAGCCGCUCAACUCCUUCCCGGACCCUGUCUUGAAGAUUAAACUCAAGGAAAUACGGAGAAUCUUCAAGCGGCGACACGGGUUGAGGCCUGUGGGACUCGAGGUGUUUUGCACCGAGAAGGAUUUUUGCUCCGACAUCUACUUAAAGUUCUACCACAGCAAAGACCGGGAUGAAGUCUACUUUUACAUCGCUUCCCAGCUUGACAACCACAUAGUGGAGCACACCGCAGAGAGCUUCAUGAUGCAGUGGCAGAGAGGCCUCAUCUCCAACUACGACUACCUGCUGCACCUCAACAACCUUGCCGACCGCAGCUGCAACGACCUGUCCCAAUACCCCGUCUUCCCAUGGGUCCUCAACGACUAUAGCAGCCAGGAACUGGACUUGAACAAUCCGGACUUUUACAGAGACUUGAGCAAGCCCAUCGGUGCCCUGAAUCCAGAACGGCUGGAGAGAUUGCUGGAACGAUUCCGCGAUAUGCCCAUGGAGCCAAAGUUUUUGUACGGCAGCCACUACUCAUCCCCGGGCUAUGUUCUCUUCUACCUUGUACGUGUGGCGCCGGAACACAUGCUGUGUCUACAGAACGGAAAGUUUGACCACGCAGACCGCAUGUUUAACAGCAUUGCCGACACUUGGAGAAACUGCUUGGAAGGUGUCACAGACUUCAAAGAGCUGAUUCCCGAAUUCUACGGGACUGACACAAGUUUCCUGAGGAACGUCCACAACCUGGACCUCGGCGUGCGACAGGGAGGACAGAGGAGCAACAAUGUGGAGCUGCCUCCUUGGGCUAAAGAUGCGGCGGACUUCCUGGCAAAGCAGCGUGAGGCUCUGGAGAGCGCCCAUGUCUCUGAGCACUUGCACCAGUGGAUCGACCUCGUGUUCGGUUACAAGCAGCAGGGCAGUGAGGCCAUCGCGGCGCACAACCUCUUCCAUCCACUGACUUAUGAAGGAGGAAUCAACAUCGAAGGGGUCCGCGAUGCCACGGACAAAAUAGCGGUGCUGACCCAGAUCCUGGAGUUCGGACAGACUCCGCUACAGCUCUUCAAGACGCCGCACCCGCAGCGUCUCGCUCCGCGCUACCACAGCCACUCGGCCCGCUCACCCUCCACUCCCAGCAGCCGUGGUGUGCCCUGGACCACCGUAGAUCCAGCGACCGACGCAAGUCCUGAAGACUCGUGCUUUGAAGACCUGACGGAGGACAGCAAAACACUCAUUUGGAGCAACCUCGGCGAGAUGAAGAUCUCUUCACGGCACAAGUUUCACAAGGAUCCGGUGUCUGCGAUCUGCACCACGUCCGAUGACUCUGCCGUGUUCACCACAUCUCAAGACUCGACCUUGAAAAUGUUUUCCAAAGAUUGCAUGGCUCUUCAACGCAGCGUCGCAUUUUCCUUCAUGGCCCUGUCUACAUGCACAGUGCUCCCUGGAGACUCCACCGUUAUAUGUGGCUCCUGGGAUAACAACGUGUACUUCUACUCGAUAGCGUUUGGCCGCAGGCACGACACGCUGAUGGGGCACGAUGACGCUGUGUCGCGCGUCUGCUGGCGCGCCGACGUCCUCUACACUGCCUCCUGGGACUCCACGGUCAAGAUGUGGUCAUGCCGGGCUGAAGACUUGAUGAGUCAGCGGCGGAACAACUGUGAGCUCCUUGUAGAGCUGGAACAUGAUGCUGGGGUGUGCUGCAUGCACGUGAACGAGGCCAACACGAUGCUCGUUUCCGGAGCCAAAGACGGCCUCGUCACCAUAUGGGAUCUGGAGGCCUACGUGGUGCUGAGGCAGCUCCACGCGCACGCGGGCACCGUCAACGACAUCGCCUUCAGUCCCGAUGGGCGGCACUUGCUAAGCUGCGGGGAUGAUGGAUACCUGAAGGUUGUGGACGUACAAACCGGCACUGUCACCGCUUCGUGUUUGGCGAACACACCUCAAAGGUGUUUGCGCUGGGAUGGGCACACGGCGUUGACGGGCAGUCAGGAUGGAGAGCUCCGCGUGUGGAAUGGAACCACCCUGGAGCUUACCAGCAGAAUCCCCGGACACAACGGAGCCGUCACGUGUCUGCACUUGGACGAGACGAAGGGCUCGCUGAUCAGCGGUGGAGAGGACAAACAAAUAAUCUUCUGGACUCUGCGCUAAGCGUCGUCCCACGCCUACCUCGCGACUUCCUUCGGGCGGAACCAGCCACCGUCGGGGAGGGAGCACAGAAUGCGUGGAACCUCCCUCGGCGAUACGACGCCGCUGCGGUGAAUCCUGUGCCAACUGCGGUCUCCGUCCGUUCACCGUCUCCGCUCUGUCGAGGGGCCCUUGAGCUCCAGCGCGAGGGAGGCUCCUUGGUUUCCCCUUGGCGACUGAGCGAGUGAGAGCGUGCGCGUGCCGGGCUGUGUUCUCUGCAUUGCGACGUUUGCCCACCAACUUGGAACGUGAAAAGCCUUGCCGUUGUUUACACUAAAAGGACCCCCGUGGAACUGCUGGGGGGGGGGGUGAAGUGUUAGGAAGCUAUCGCCCGCGUAAUGCUGAUUUUACAGGAAUGGUCUAUCCUUCUUAAAAUCCGAAGCCAGACGGAGUGCCCUGUUAUUAUUAAUUGUCUGUAAAGUAUUUACAUUGUGAACGCGAUUCCUGUUGAAUUCUGUUUUUGUACAAUUCGCGUUUUAAUCCGUAUCGACCCGCUGCAUUUGAAUUCUCCGAAGGUCCGAUAUUCAAGCCGAGACUUCACUGCACUGCUUUGUCGGGGGGUGCGAUGCACUCGGCGUUUGCGCAACUCUCCUCCACUCGAUCCGAGACAUUCUGUACGCGCGUGAGAUGGUUGUUUAGCAGAAACGAAACCCGCAAAUAAUGCCUCGCCGUUAAACUGUUUUGUUCCUUCGAUCCUACAGCUGCAAUUUGCAAGGUGUCAUGGCGGGGGGCAGGGGGGGGUGGGUAAACGUGAGUCGCGCAGCAGCCCGUGGUGUCACGGUUGACGGCAGCGGACUUGCAACCCCGAGGUUUGCUGGUUCCGUUCAACCUUCCCGUCACGGGUUGACCACAAGUUGAGCGGUGGGGUAAAGCCGUGGGCACUCUCGCCCCUGCUCUUCUGAGACGAUGUCUUGGCCAGCGUGGAAGAGUAGGCCAAAGACGCCUUCUAGUAUAUCGAGGGACUCUCUCGAGGUCGGCCCGCUGCCAGUGGCGUGACAAAUUGCAGGUCGGAACCCUGAUUUACCCAGCGGUGAACGGAAGCGGUUCGGCGUGGGCGGGAAUUUAGUUUUAUUUUUUAUUUUCGUGGAUUUGGUGGCCUCGUACAGUAUUUACUGUAAUUAUGAAAACCACUGCACGGUUGAAUUAUGACAUUCGCAAUAACUGCCUUCUGAUAAUACCCUCUACGUUCGUGUUGGCCAAAUUUAGGCGGCUGCAGAAAGCUAUUGCAUGUACCGCACACAUUGAUUAUUGCUUUUAUAUACAUAUAAAACAGGUCGACGAAAAUGAAUGAAUGGCGCAAAAUACAAUUUCGUCCCUCCCCAUUUUGGGGACGACCCCCAUCAGCUGGAAAAUGACGCCCGUUCAUUCCUCGGCGCGACUUAUGGGUUCGUUUUCAUUUAGCUGGCGGGGGUGUUAUUGCGUCCAACAAAGACAUUAAGCUGUGCCUUUUUUUUUUUGGUCGUGAGCUCGGGCUGAUGAAGAUGGGAUCGGUGCUCCACAAAACGGCCUUCACGUGCGACGCAGCACAGAGCAGCUGACCCGUGCCCUGCUGCGAAAUCUUAGCCGGAGCGAAUCCAGUAUGACGUUGACAACUGUUGGCGCUAAAUAUUACCAAUUUAACCAGCAAAGCCACACCGACACUCUUGCCAGGAUAGGCUUUGAUUAGGAUGUUCUGGCCAACUCACAAAUUAAAUUGUUAUAGUUUAUUUCUCCCCCCCCCCAGUCUGGAAUCGAACCCUGGCAGGGCUUGCUGCGAAACACGAGAGUUACCACUACGCCAUCCUGGCGGCCCAACAAAGCUACGGCUUUCUCCGCACGUGGCGCUUUGCCCGAGGUGUCGCAUUUUAAACUUGGUAUUGUGCUCGUGAAUUAUUUUGCGACCUUAAUGGUGGUGCUGUUUGUUUUUUUGUUCGUGCAUCCUACUUAAUAGUUAACGUGCUGCCUUUCUUUUGCGAAAUGCACGACAGAGACGACACCCCAUGGCUGCCGAGUGCCUUCAAAUCAUCAUCAUCAUCAUGCCACUAACUGCAUAUAUAGGAUUGCGCCAAAGGUUUUAUACAUGCUAUUCGUAUUCAUUAAAACGGCUUGUGAUUUAAAGUAUCCUGCCAGGAAUGGAAAUUGAAGGUUAUAAUUUAUAUAGAAGAUAAUCCCAACCCAAAGAGUGUUGCUACAUUGCAGAUAAGGCUUUCUCAUUAAUUGCCUUAAUUCUUCGCGCGAGAAUCUGCAUAAGAUGCGUGGUGCGGUGCACAUGUUCGAUUCUUACCCAAUGCAUUAUACACCGGUGGCAAUUAGAAUCUGAACCUGGCCUGAUCCACCACCUGGGUUUAACUCGGCCCAUAAUAACGAGUGGCUGGUGCAGUGGUCCUGAUCGAAUUGGCGCUGGGGAGAGUGCAGUCUGCGCGGGGGUGCCGCUCUUCACCAUCGUUUGCCGUCUUCCGCCAAGACGACACUCCUCGAACGGCGGCUGCUGCUCGCUCGCGGACGGCGGCAGCGCCGUGUGUAGUGGGGGGGGGGGGGUACAUCGAUGCGCCGCACCCGACGUUCAAGGCGUUAGAGGCUCGUCGCGACGCACGCGGCAAAGGUUGCACAUGCGCACGUUUUAAAAUGUCAGCAGGUGACGCGGUCGUCGUCACGUCCGUGCGCGUGUUGCGAACAAAAGUACGACACUGAAAAUGAGAUCGGUACAGACACGAUGGUUAAACACGCACGGGGGGAGGGGGGGGUAGCGUUUAAACCCUUGCACCCCCCCCCCCUGCCCACCACAAUAAGCUUAAAAGGAUAACCAUGCACACGCAGUGUAUUUGUCAUUGUCUUAUAACGACAUCUGUUAGAAUGCAUCGCUUAACAGCUCGUCGUUGGCAUUGGUGUUAGCCAGUGUCAGCACAGGCUUUCGCGACCAGUAAUACAGGUUUUUUUGGGUUGGAUCACGUAAAUAUCAAGAUGUCUGUUAAAUCCGACAGCCAAUUGGUAAGGUUUGUCACGUAAGCAGAACAUGCCAUUUCGUUAAGAAUGUAGCACAUCGUUUUGUUGGAAAGCAAAUCUACAACAUUUACAAUCUGAGUGCGACGCUUCGCCAGUAAUUACAACCGGCAUUGCUGGCGUGACGUCAGAUGGUAAACGUGGAUUUACUGGAUUUACUCUCCAACACACUGCUGUGCUUGUAACGAAUUUACAUGUUCUGUUUACGUGACGAACCUUACUAUUUGGCUGGUGUCGGGGUGGUGGCGGAUUUUAACGACACAUUUACGCGAUCGAACCCAAAAAAUAACUUUAAUUAUGGAUUGGUGUUAACGUUCAACGCAUUCUUUCCCACUGAUGCGAUGAUCGUUGCAAUGCCACAGCUGUCGCCGGACGCCCACCGAGGAACGCUCCUGCGGUGUUGUUUGUCGUUUCGUUUUUAUUCUUACCACCACAGCACCUCCCGAUGUUAGCACGGUCGGCUACGGACGGUGCCAAAAGUUCAACGUGCGUACGAUGGUAGCAACGCAGGGCAUCAUGUGAAAGCACGCCGCCGUUUUCGUCUGCACGCACACGUGUUAAAUAUCGCAUUUGUCUGACAGUGGAUGUUGUGUACAAACAUAAUUACGCCAAAUAAAUAACCAGCUUUUUAAAUAUACAGCGUCAUCCACCGAUUUUUGUUGCAAAUGGGUGACGUACUUGUACCGCAGUGAGUGGUUUCAAUCUUUGCACGCGACUCGUGUGAUUUUUUUUUUUU